UACUCGAAAAGGAUUCCUUUCUCCUUGCACAACAUCAGGGCUCAAACCACACCCUCAUUAGUCACACAAAAAUAAGGCAGCUCAUUACAGUGCCAUGAGCCGAGAGCGCCUUGCUUGCUUCUCUAUGCAAGGCAGGGAGAAAGUUCCAUGGCAUAAACCCUAAGGUGACGUUGGUGGUGGUCCAACCUUCUCCGGGGUGAAGCCCUUCUGCUUUUCUCUCAGGGAAGCUGGCAAGAGGCAAGGCCAGAGAGGAUUCUGAGUUGGCUUGGGUGAGCAAAGCCUCCAGAGACUUUUGCCACCAUGGACUGGAAGACGUUGCAAGGCUUGUUGAGCGGGGUGAACAAGUAUUCCACGGCUUUUGGGCGCAUCUGGCUCUCGGUCGUCUUUGUCUUCAGGGUCCUGGUUUAUGUGGUGGCGGCCGAACGAGUUUGGGGAGACGAGCAGAAGGACUUUGACUGCAACCACCGGCAACCUGGGUGCACCAAUGUCUGCUACGACCACUACUUCCCCAUCUCCCACAUCCGCCUGUGGGCCUUGCAGCUGAUUUUCGUCACCUGUCCUUCCCUGCUGGUCAUCAUGCAUGUGGCUUAUCGCGAGGACAGGGAAAGGAAGAACCGGGAAAAGAAUGGGGAGAACUGUCCCAAACUCUACAGCAACACAGGCAAGAAACAUGGCGGCCUUUGGUGGACUUACCUCCUCACCCUCUUCUUCAAACUGGGCAUAGAGAUUGUCUUCCUCUAUCUCCUGCAUCGGAUAUGGGACAGUUUUGACCUGCCACGCUUGGUCAAGUGUGACCUCGAUCCGUGCCCAAACACAAUAGACUGCUACAUUGCUCGUCCUACAGAGAAGAAGAUCUUCACCUACUUCAUGGUUGGCGCCUCUGCCCUCUGCAUUGUCCUCACCGUGUGCGAGAUAUUCUAUCUCAUCUUCAAGCGAGUGGUCCGCUCAAUGCAAAAGCUGAAGAAGAAGAAGCGGUCGCUCACCUACAGCAAGGCCUCCACCUGCCCAUGCCAUUCAAGGAUGGAGCAUGAUGGGAAGUUGAAGAUCUCACCUGUGGAGGCCUUGAGAGCCUCCGCACCCAACCUGACUUUAAUCUGAGAGAAGGGGAGGGAAGGGCACCUUCAAAGUGGUUGGCUUCCAGUUGGAUUUUUUUUAGUAAGUGGCAUUUUGAAACAUAAGAUGGAGUAGGAUGGCUCAAAACUGAUGAGAUCUCCCCCUUGGGUUGUGAAAGAAGCAUCCACAAGGGGAGAGACCACCAUGUUUGAAGGGAAUCAUCACUAUGUUUGUUGAAGCCUGAAAAGCAAAACUAUGGCCUUUCCUACCUGUUUACAUGUUAUUAUAACUACACUCAAAAUGCAUGAUUCAGACAUUCCAGCACAAGAUGUGGGUUUGCCCAUUAUUGGAGAACAUUGCAACCCUUCAAACCUUAAAGUUUAUGCCUAUCUCAGAAUAUUUGAUUAAUUUAGCUGAAAGAGUCAUAUCUACACAACAUACUUUAUGGUCAUUAGAAGAUCCAUAGCAGCCAAUGGCCUUUAGCUUUUGUUUAUUCCUUCUUCUAAUCAUACAGUUGCUGCAGAGAGUUGCAGAGUCACUACUUUGGGCCAAGAGGAGCUAUAAUUAAGGACAUUAUUGACUCAGGAAGUCUUUUGAGACCAAAGUUGUCUUGCAGACCAAGGGUUUCUCAAAAGGACUACGCUUCUGUGGUCUGCAAACUAAGCCACUAGGAUCAAAUAGAAACACUGCUUUUUUCCGUCAACCAGAUGUUUGCAUAAGAAAUUCUCAGUGAAUACGGUCAUGGAGUAUGAGCCCCCACAACCAUGGGAUGUUUAACCAUCGUGUCACCUACCCACAUCCAACAAAACAAUCCCUUACUAGGAAUGUUCUAAAUCCUCCAGGAGAUUCUAUGGCAUGGUUCUGUCAGACGUUAACAUAGAGUUGCAAUGGGGAACCUUACAUAUCUAGGUUCUCCAGGGCAACUCUAGGAUAACUUCCAGUAGGAAUCAUUCAUUUCAAUAGGAUCCACCAUGGUUUCCUUUUUCUGUGGUAUGUUGCAGAUACAAGGGUCAUUCUACAUAUCUCCAUAGAACACUAAUGGGAUUUGAAAGGAGUCAAGGGUUUCUUAAUGCAAAAUGUCUUGUGGAGGAGGGAUCUAGGCUAAUUUAUAGUUCAUAUGAAGGAGAAGAACCUUUAUGUCUCUCUCUUGGACCCUUCUCUAGAGUAAGUGCUUUUAUGCUGAAUUGUCUACACACUUUUCAUACAUAACUCCAAAAGAAAAAAUCUGUUCCACAAAAUCAAACUAGAAUACCCUAAUAUUCUUCUCUGGUACAACUUCUGAUGUGGUCUUGUCAUCCGUCCUGUAGAAGACAAAGGCAUUCUGGAGAGGUGACAUUUGAUUCUGCUGUAAUCCUGUCUACCAUGAGAUUGUAAAUGAAUUGCAAGUGUUCCUCCUCAGAGGAUUCCAUGGUGGAAUUUCAUAUUAAGCCAAGAUCCUCCGAAAUGGCUCAGCUAGUGGAGUGUAUGGAUCACGAACAUCCUUAGGGAGCAACUGGAUUUAUGUAGAUAUCUAAAAGGGGCAGCAGAUCUGCUCCACAGAGUUUUGAAGGAAGCAAUGAGAUGCUGAGAAGUUCUCAAAAACUUCUCAAGUUAAUGGCACAUAACUUCAGUAAGAAUUCCAUGAAAACUGGGCCAUCUACAAAUUGUGGAAUUUGCAAUUUUGUAAAGCACCAACACUCUUUAGCAGAACUGACUAAAGCAGUUAAAGUGCUUUCAAACAGCAUUACAUCUAGAAUGUAGAUCCAUCCUGAGUCAUACCAUUAAUCUAUCUAGCUCAGCUCUUCCUUGUCCAACUUUCUCUAGAAAUGUAUGUAUGAACUAUUUCCAUCCUCUCUUGCCAACUUGGCCAAUAUGAAUUUGUUACAGUACCAGCAUAGAGGAGGAAAUGGACUGGUAUGAAUAUUGACCAUCGUCUCCAUAGCAGCAUUACAUUACCAUCCAAACAUCUCCAAUGUAACUUGAUAGCUAGCAAAUGGAACAAACUGCUUAGGGAGUUCUUUCUAGCAUCGUGGUGACCAGUUGGAUUUUUUUAUAGUUAUAGUUUCAAGAAUAUGGAGACCUGGAUGAAAAGCUGGAGUGCAGCAUGAAAAUAUAGUUAUAAAAGAGGAGAGAGAGAGAGAAAAAACAAAUGAUAUGUCAAUCCACCAAAUAAUAACUACAACUCUGAACAUGAUGGUUAAAUGAAACCAGGGGCAGCUCAUCCAUUACGCGAAGUAAGCGGUCGCAGAACACUUUUUUUUUGCCAGGGGCGCAGAGGCGCCUCUGUAAAUGCCCCUCGACCGCCACUUGAGGAGCGCCCCCUCAGCUCACAACAGCCCUAGCAGUCCGGGGGGAGCCUCGGCUUUCUUUCCUCGCUGCCAGGCGAUCCUCUUCCCAAAGGGGCCGGGGCCUUAAACCUCGCCUAGCCCAUCUUGUUCCUGCUCCACCCAGCUACUGGGUGCGCGAGAGAGAGAGAUCCCCUCCAGCUGGAGGUAUCUCCCACCUCCGCUCCCUCCUUUGUUUUUGCGCCUACCUUCAGGAAAGGUGGGCACCUCCACCUCUCUCUCUCUCUCUCUCUCUCUCUCUCUCUUGGUCCCAAUGGCUGAGGAGAAAGUCAGGAGAAGAGGUGACUUUUGGUGCACACGCCGGGGUCUUCAGGCACGCCUCCGGACCCAAAGCGGGUCAGGCAAGGGAGCAAGUGCAGCAAGUGUAGUUACUGGGAUGUAUAGUUCACCUACAAUCAAAGAGCAUUCUGAACUCCACCAAUGAUGGAAUUGAACCAAAUAUGGCACACAGAACUCCCACGAUGAACAGAAAAUAUAUAUCAGUGAUUGGUUGGGGGGGGCGCACCAAAAUACUGUUUGCUUACCAUUGAAAAUUACCUAGGGCUGCCUCUGAAUGAAACCUAUCCUCCACCAUAGGCUUUGUAUCCUAUUUUUAUGGGCUGUCAUACUUUUAUGACUUCAAGGCAUGGUGGAAACCUGUUGCUAUAGAGUUAAGCUGUAACUCCCAACAAUCCCUGCACUGAGGGAUAAUUAGACUCGCAACCCAGCAUCCAAAAAGCAAAAAGAACCCCCUUUUGGUAAAGUUCAGAAGAAAUUUUCUGGAUGAGGAUAUCCCUGGGUUUUCCGAGACUAUUCUUUUCAAUCCUCCUCUUAAACAGAUAAGCUGAUCCAUUUUGCAAAGUAGUCUUUUUGCAUAUUCCCUGCUGUUUGCAUUUUGAACUCAGUCUGCAGCAAUUAGAAUAAGCUGAGGGUAAAGGGGGAAGCCGGGAGAAGGAAACCGGGACAUUUUAGCAGGAUUACUUAGGAUUAUUUCAGACAAACAAUGACAGUUGGAGAAUAUAACAUUUCUCACUGCCUAUACCAAGAACUGUGGUGGAACACUCCAUAAAACAUAUGGGGACCAUGAGUUGUACAAUCUCAGUCCUUGCCUCAAAGAGUAAAUGUCCUACCAUUCCAGCUUUUCUUUCAGUGAUCUUGGAUAAAAGAUCAACAGGGCUAUAUAUGCACCUGAAACUCCUUUGUCCACGAGAUUCUUGCUCUUUUUUUUGUUUGGAAAGGGUUUGUUGGCAACCAAACACAAAGGAAGUGUUGACAAAUGACUACAAAGAAAAAGAAUUGGCUUGAAAGAAGGCUGAGGGUAAAAUAGCAAGCAUGAACCUGAAAAGUUUGGCAAACAGGUAAUACAAAAAGCAUUUGGAAAAGGGUUAAAAAGCUCUUGGAAGUCAAAGAAAAGUACACAAAGGUUGCAGGAAGGGAGAUAAGUUAAACCGUCUCAAAAGAAAGUUCACUGGAUUUAGGACAGGCAUGGGUAAACUCUGACCCUCCAAGUGUUCUGGACUUCAACUCCCACAAUUCCUAACAGUCUACCGGCAAUGAUUUUUGUCAAACUCUAUAACAGGAAUAUAUAUAGUCUUUAUGCCCCCUCCAAAAGCUAAAAAUGCCACUAAAGGAGCACAGAGACAUUUUAACCACUUUUGGGGAUGCUUCCAAGCCAUUUUAGGCCCAGAAAAGGGUUGUUUUUAUAUAACAGGAAUUGACAUGGAAGUCCAUUUGCUCUAUUGACUUAUCCUGAUUUUGUAAAAA